CGCUGUUGAGGAGGAACCACACAGCAAUCGAAGCUUUAAAAGCCUUCCUGCAGAAAAAGUGAGCAGCAAGCGAGCCUUUGUUUGCGCAUGAGACUGGAGAGAGUUGCGACGAUGCUGUUUGGCAUGAUUUGCUGCAGUCGACGUCACCAGCGCGCUCGAGGUUUCGCGACUUGCACUGGCAAGAAACUCACGGAGUACCGCGCCAUUCGAUGCGAUCACGAUGUGACCUACGUUGUGCCGCCCAUGAGUUCCAUAGCAAAGAUGAGGCCGGUCUGUCGUGUGGGCGCUGGCACGUCGCAAAAAUCGGCGCUUGUAGAUUGACUUGGCUCGGUUUAAAAAGUCUCAUGCAAUCGAAUGCAUCCCCAUCCAUCCGGCCUGCUCUUGCUUGUCCUCGCAGCAAGUUUCAGCUUGUGUGCUUACACCUCGGGCUCCUACGCUUGCAAUCGAGCAGCUGGGACACAUACAUCCGUUGAUCAAGAAGAUCACAAACAACAUGUCGAAAAAAGCGUUGAUCUUUAUCGCGGAGGGGACGGAGGAGUCUGAGUACACGAUCACGUACGAUGUGCUAGUCCGUGGAGGCGUCACGGUGCAGUCCGUCUGGGUCGGCACAUCGAACAACAACACGGAGCUGGACCCGCACGGGACGUCGUAUGUGACGUGUUCGCGCGGCGUCAAGAUCGUGCCGGAUCUGCGCCUGCUGGAUCUUGAGGGAGGCGCUGCACUCGAGUACGAUGCGCUGAUCGUCCCCGGCGGCCUGAAGGGCGCAGAGACCAUCUCGGGCAACGAAAACGUGAGCAAGCUGUUGGCAGCUGCAUAUGGACAAGGCAAGCUCGUCGCGUGCAUCUGCGCCGGUAGUCUGGCGGCCAAGGCAGCAGGGAUCAAGGAUAAGCCGAUCACUUCGCAUCCGAGCGUCAAGGACCAUUUCAAGGACUUUAAUUACUCAGAGGAUCGUGUUGUCGUUACCGACGGGCUUAUCACCAGUCGUGGGCCAGGAACUGCAUUCGAAUUUGCACUGGCGCUCGUCGAAGCACUCGCAGGCAAAGAGAAGCGCGCCGAGAUCACGCCGCCGAUGCUGCUUCCUCCAGCCAUUGCAUGAUUCGCACCUCAGCCCUCUGCGGGCUGAGGCUGGCGCCAUGGGAGGACGCCAGGCACCGCAGCAUGUUGUUCCUCACGAUGCUUCGCGCAGGA